CAUUAUUUCAAAAACAUUGCUAAUCGUGACUUCUGUUGGACUGUGGUUUCUUUUUAGUAAAAUCCACACACAGAAAGUGUGGAUAAAAUCGCAGAAAACUUAAAUUAAUUUGCCCACCGGCUCUGACUGCCACUAUUCAUUUCUCUCCCUCAUUUAUCUUAUUCUAUCUCCCUCACUCCUCAACUUCAAUUGUGUGUCUGUGUCAUGUAAUGCUUAUAUUCCCAAGAAGUUCAAUUUAAAACUCAGCACCAAUGAAUGUGAAUCUCACAUUUGUUGAUACACCAUCAAACUGAACAAGUGGUGAUUUUUUUUUUCGAAAAAAAAAAAUAGUGGCUCUCAGUUUUUCAACUGCUCUUUCAUCUUUCAGCGAAAUAGACAGAACAAUUGUGAAAAAUGAUUCUGUAAUUUUCAUCUAAGGAAAAAAAAUAGUAAAACAAUUUUCAUGUCUAUAAAGUGAUUUGAAACAUCUGAGAAAUUCUCAAAGAGACUGAUAUUAGAAGAAGAAAUGGCUAAAGAUAGAAAAUUAAGCAUCUUGCUAGUCUUCACCGUGAUACUCAUAGGAUCGUCAAAUGGACUCAUUGAGGAUGCAAUUGAUGUUGCUAGGUUACUUAAGGAAGUCUUUGCUAGCGUAGCUGAAGGAUGGCACCUUGUGGAACAAACAGAAAUUGGUGAUCAAAUUGAUUUGCCAUUCAUAAAGCACAAGCACGAAAAGAUCAUGUCGCGUAUGACAGAGAUAUCCCAGCAAAUUGCUAACGUGGAAUUUGAGACCAUCAAUACAGCCACAUGGACAAUUCAGAGCAUCAACAGAUUCGUCCACAACAGUUUUAAACUCGAAUGGGCACUUCAUGAGUUGAGUGAUCUCAUGAAUAUGAUCACCCUUGAGGAACAAAAUAUGAGACAAUAUGCCCAACAUGUGGAUAAACUCGAAACAACUACCCUCAUUCGCUACUCCGAAUCAAUUGUCUCACCCAAUUCAAAUUCAGUCCAAGGAUGGCUGGACAGGAUGCAUCUUUUGGUGAUGGGAUCGAAUGAUCUCAAAUCAAUCGGACAAAAUGGACUCUUUCAGAUGAUGGCACAUUAUGUUAAGGAAGUAAAAGAUCAAGUAUGCUCAAGUCAGAAGGCUGCACAGCAAGUGAUCUAUCAGAUGUACACUGCCAUUUCUCUGACAGAACUCAAGGGUUAUGCAAUGAUGCAAUUUUCCUGGAUGCUCCUAAAGACAUUCGGAAAGGGCAAUUACACACAAGAACCCCAAUUGAUGCGUCAACGUUUUGAAAAUCGCACAGAAAAGACCCAGGAACUUGUAAAGAGAGUAAUGGAGCGUUCUGAUCGUGAAGUCUGGCGAUGUGAUCCAGAAGUUCACGUUGAGGGUGAAACAUACGAACAAUUUACACGACUUCUUCAGGGUUACAUUGAGAAUGAAGUGGACAUGAAUACCGAUGGGACAUGCAAAGAAAAUUGUGCUGCAUACACCUUUACGCAGAGUCAUGGAUGCUUUAAAGAUCUCUACUGUGCCCAACAACCACAAUGCAAAGGACGCAUCAUCAAUUGCACCUACGUAGAUUCAGACAUGUGGAUCUGUCCAUCGAAACUCCAUACUAAUCGUCGAUAUGAGUACAUCAAAUACGAAAAUGGACGUGUCCUUGGUGAGGAAAGUACUUGCGCUCGUGGAACAACAAAAGUUGACUCUUGGUGGCGUUGGUUGUUCUGGCACUGCAGCUACUGCUUCUGCCUCUGCGACGAACAAGGCUACAAAUCCGACAGAUACUUCAAUCUACGCGAGACUGUCUCAGACGUUGCAGAAAACAAGGUUGUAACAGGAGUUCGUUUCCGUAAAGUCAAUCGUAUAAUGCACCUUCAAAUCCAACAAGGUGAACUCCUACCACGUGGUAUUAUCAAUGGGUCAACAGUGAAUUGGAAACCAAUAAAUAGCUAUCGACUAUUGGAUGCAGGCCUCAAAAAUGGCGAUGAUUACCAUACAAUGGAAUGGAAUAAGCGUGCUAUUGAUCUUGAUACAUUGCAAGCAAAACCUGGCCAUGUUGUAACAGCGGUGAAACUCCGUAACAUUGGCCCAAGGGUCAAUCUCGAAAUUCGCGUGAAUGAAUUUAACUUUGAAACCGGCAAAGUGGAUACCAUUGGAAUUUGGAUAUCAAAUGACAAUACUGAAGUUAGUGCCGAAAAGAGAACCCAAAUCUUCUUGAGACAACCUAACGUCCCAACAAGAGCCAAAGCUCGAUCUCAGGUUGAUUCAAAAUCAAAUCAAUUCAUCGAAUUCACCCAUACAGAUAUUGAUGCAGAUGCAGCACAAACAACUGUACCAUUUAUGGAUGCACAAGAUGUCGUGUCGGAACCACCAGUUCCACUUUCCGGUGUUGGAAUCUACCAUAAAGGUCUACCUCUCUAUGGUGGCUUCGUAGCACCAAAGAUUAUCGUUUACAACAUGGCUCAGCAUGUUUAUACACCAAAACCCGGACAAGAAGAUCUCUGGGAUACAUAUGGAUAGACUUAAAUGUCAACCUUCAAAAUUAUAUACAAUAACACAACAGAAAAUAUAUUUAAGUCUCAUAUUUAAGAGCAAACAAAAAAGAAACUAUCCAAUAAGAUUUUUUUGUAAUGCAAUUUAUCCGAAACAUCUCUGCCAAAUUGGUUAAAAUUGUUACAGUGAGUGGGUUUGCCUUUGAAAAGUUUGCCAAAAAAAAAUGUUAAAUAUUAAUUUAAAGAACAUUCCCACGAAACAUUUUUGCUGAAUAUUCUCAUUCUAAAAAGUCAGCUCGACACAUUUUAUGUGUAAACAAUAAUGUUCCGGAUUCUGUCUUGUAUUGGUAUUUGAAGCAACAACCUCAAUGUGAAUUAUGAAAGAAAUAUUAAGUGUAAUUUACACUUUUUUUUUAGAAGAUACAACAGUGAAUUUAGAAAUUGUGAAUAUGAUACAAAAUAAAUUAAAGAAGAUUCAUCACAGUGAA